UUUAACGGAUCCGCGCAUGCGUAAUGUAGUAGUCACGCGCUGGACUCGGAUAUGCUCUACUACCUGUAACUUAGCAACGGUGGCGCAGUGUGCACCAACUCAGGUACAUAGCAUUCACCAGUAUGUUUCGUACUUUUGUAACGGCGCUAUUAACGCGAUGGACGUAAUACGUGUGAAUAAGAGUGCGAUCACUGCAGUUGAAGACUACCUAGAAUACAGAAGAAUUGUUGGCGAGGAUGAUGGGGGGAUACUCUUCACCUCUGAGCAAUAUGCGGCGUACAAGCAGCAGGUUUUGCCGACUAGGCUGCAGAACAGGCUGUACGUGAGCUGUGGGGUCCCGGGGGGCAUGGAUUGCAAGCUCAUUGGACCGGAGACGCUGUGCUUCUGCUCACACAGGUACAAGCAGCAUCAGACGGACUUUGAGAAGGUGCCCUUAGAGCGGCCGCUGGCUCUGCCGUGCCGAGUCUCCAGCUGCAGCUGCACCUCCUACUCCUACAUCCACCUCAACGGCUCCCAGCCAGUCCGCUGCCGGUGCAAGCACUCCGCCCAGGACCACAGCGAGGCCGGCGGGCGCCGGUGCAGGAAAUGUUCUACAUGCGCUGCGUUCUACAGCCCUUAUACCUGCAGUUGUGGCCAGCCUAGCUACGCCCACAAAACCCUGGUUGAGACAAAGGAGGAGCGCUUGGCACGGGGCAUGCCCGUGGGGCAGGACGUCCCGUACGUUGCCAUGGGAGGACUGACGGGAUUCAGCUCUCUGGCUGAGGGCUUCCUGAGACUUGAGAACCGCAGGUUGGGCAAUCCUCCGUACUCUGGACUGGAACUGGCUGGAUCCCGAUCCUCCGUUGACUGUUGGUUCGAGAAGGCCGACGGGGCGUGUUCUCAGACUGCAGACAUAAACUCACUGAAGCAGAAGAAGUCAGACUUGAAGACAAGGGAAGACGAAGACAUGGCCGUCUUUGAAAGACGAUACAAGGAGAGGCUGGAAAUGGAGGAAGCGAGGAAGCAGAAGGUGCUGCCACCGAAAGGGCCCCGACCGUCCGCCACUCCUCAGAGGAACCGCGGCAGGCCAGAAGGGUGAUGUUUCCUGUAUCAUUUGCGGUGCGCGGUUUGAGUUUACUCACUCUGUACUUCUGUUACAAUGCAAUGGAUAUGUUUUAGUAAAGUUGGAUUGCUGUAUGCUAUACUAUUUUGAUUGAAUAUACGUUUAGAAAAGUCAACUGCCGAAGUACAUUCUGUAAUGUAUAGCAGCAUCCUCCAGGGGUCAGCAGUGCUCCGCCAUUCUCUACUGUGGUUUUUUUUUCUUGAUUGAAUGGAAUUUAAGAGUUUUUGGGAUAAAAAAGGGCAAAUUACAUGCUUGUCAGUCCAAUCCUUCAGUAAUUGAAAUGUAAUUGUGAAUUAAAAGUAAUUGUCGAAAAGCAGCAUUCCAGCUGUUUCCAAAUGGGCUACUUUCACACCUUUGGUAGCUCCACGAAAUGCAAGGGUAAUAACAGUCAGUCAGUUAAAUUAAUUAACUAAUUGAGCUGUUGAUGAAAUUUAACAAAAACAUAGAGGAGCCCUGGAGGAAAGUUUUGGGAACCAAAAUAGUGUUUUUCAAGCCAUGCAACAAGAUAUCAGUAACUUUUUGGAGAACAAAAGGAAUGCUUCUUUAUUUUUUAUUGGGUUACUGUACAUUUGCAUAUGAUCUAAUGCAGGGGUCACCAACUCCGGUCCUGGAGAGCUACUACCCAAUAGGUUUUCUAUCCCAGC